AUGCCGCCGAAGGAAGCUGAGGCCAAGGCCCAGGACAAGGGCAAGACGGUCGAAAAGGAGGACGAACAGGAAAAGAUUGAGAAGUUCUCACCUGAAGAAGAAGCGUCCCUCCUCACCGAGGCCAACGCAAACAAGGCGGAAGCCAACGCCCUCUUCGCCUCCUCAAAAUACGAGGCCGCCAUCAACAAGUACGACGAGGCCGUCGCCGUCUGCCCCAACUACCUCGACUACGACCUCGCCGUCCUGCGCUCCAACAUCUCCGCCUGCCACCUCAAGCUCGAGCAGUGGAAGGACGCCAUCUCCAGCGCCACCGCCGCUCUCGACGGCCUCGACAGGAUCGAGAGGGAAGCCGCCCUCGAGCAGGAGCGCCGCGAGAAGGAACGCGCCGAGGAGGAGGACGUUGAGGAGGAGAUUGUCAGUUCCGGCGCGAGCAAAGCCGCCCCUGCGCCGGUGGGGUCCGACGACCCCGAGGAGGCGGCGAGGAAGAAGCGCCAGGAGGAUGUGCUGCGGAUCCGGGCCAAGGCGCUGAUGAGGAGAGCGCGGGCACACAGCGAGGAGGGCGGGUGGCAGAACCUGGCGGGCGCUGAGGAAGAUUACAAGGCGCUUUCCAAGAUGACAAAUCUGGCGCCCGCGGAUCGGAAGAUUGUGCAGACGCAGUUGAGGGUGCUGCCGCCGAGGACGAAGGCUGCACAGGAGAAGGAGACGGCGGAGAUGUGGGGGAAGCUCAAGGACUUGGGUAACGGCAUCCUCAAGCCGUUUGGGCUCAGCACCGACAACUUUCAAAUGGUCAAGGACGAGGCUACUGGCGGCUACAGCAUGAACUUCAACCAGGGCAAAUGA